AUGGACUCUAGCGAAGUUGGCAAAUAUGGCCUGCUUUUACUUAUGAAGAAGCAUGAUCCCGAGGCUUCGAUUGCAUCGUUCCCCAUUGAUGAGGAGGAGGUCACCUUUGGACGUGAUUCCAGCUGCAGCGUGCGGCUUUAUUACAACACAGUGAGUGCCCUACACGCAAAGAUCAUCUUUCAAGAGAGAAAAGCGUUUCUCAUCGUUCUCGGAACACACGGUCUCUCAGUGGACGGCUGCCCUGUGUUCCCUAGUGCUCCAUCUUCCCAACACCCUACGACCAUACCAUUAUCCAAUGGCUCAGAGAUUGAGAUUCAUAAGAAACGAUUUCGCUUUGAAUAUCCACCCAAAGCCAUUCGCGCUGCACUCUUGGCUACCCCUUCUCCCACUAAGAAGACGCGAAGGCGGACGCUCCGACUAUCGAUGAUACAAAGUGCCCAAGUAUUUACUCCUAGACCGAGCAAAAACCCGCGCGAGAAUCUUCGUGUCCUUCAGAGCCCAAUCAAGCCUCUUGGUUCGCCGCUCAAAUCCGGAUAUCAUGCUGAGGAAGAUGAAGAGGAGCCCAUCAUCCUUGUCAAUGGUGACAACCCACGCGUGGUAGAAGAAGAGAAAGACCUUGUCAUCCUCGAACAUGUCGAGGUGGAGGACCCAGAACCCGAACCUCAGCACCGACCACUCAAGAUUCACAAGAAAGCCCCCGCACUAGGUGUCGCGAAUGUCGAGGCCAGAACUCCGAUGCGUGCACGGCAAGCGUCGGGCUCAUACGCACCGCUUGCGUCUCAGCCUGCACCUGUGCAGCCUCAACCCCAGCCCCAGCCCCAGCCGCCGCUACAGACCCCCCGUCGUCGGGCCCCGCGUUCGUCGCUACAUCGCGUCGCGCUGUUGCGUUCGGCACAGCGCGCAGCUAUGCGCGCAGAAAUGGAGUAUGAGGAGGAUGAAGAGCGCGAGGUGGAAGAGAGUGUGGGCACGCUUGAGGGAUUGAGAACUGCUUUACUCGAGGCCAACGAGGAGGAGGAUGAGGACGAUGAUAAACUUAGCAGGUUUGCAGGGGAAUUAGGGGGCAGAGAUGAAGAUGAGAAUGACGACGAGGACGAGCAUAGUGAGCCGGAGGAUGGCGGGCAGGAUCAACAGCAGGCCCCGUCCGGCUGGCUGAAGAGCCUCGAGGUUGUGAGAUCUGCUUGGCCAUUCCGUGUGUCCCAGUCACCCGAGAAACAGAUGCAGCACGAAGAGCAAGACAUUACAGAGGCCCAGAUCCAUGACGACGGUGAGGAAAACAUCAAGCACGAUUCUGAUGAGAACCAGCCUCCUCAAUACGUGCACGACUCUCACGAGACAGCUGGGGCGGAUACACAGACUACACAUCCCGAUGCCGACGUCGAUCACCAGCCCUCGUCACGGCCCCCUCCACGACGUGUGCAUGGAGCUUUCAUGACUCCUCAGGCCAAACGUACGAGUGGUGGUCUUAGGGGAGCAGGGAGGUACUCUAUCGGGGGUGGAAGCUCAGACGGACCGCAAAGAGUCAGGCUGGUUCAGCCUUGGAGGAUCGGAGAUAUCGUAGUCCCGGUUCCCGAGGAGCACGAACCGAAGGAAGAGGAUGACAAGAGUACGGUGCGAGACCUAUCAAAGUCUGCGAGCGUUCGUGUGAGUGAAGAGGAGAAGAAAGCGAUCCAGGCUCGCCGGCGCUCUGCCUUCGCUAUGCCGGAUGACUUCUUUGGGGGACAAAUUCCCGGCUCCCGUCGCGCCUCUGCUGUUGUGCCUCCGCCUGCCACACCUGUCACUUCUCCAACCAAAGCUUGGGUCUCGAGCAGAGAGGUAAAGGAGGAAGAGGAAGAAAACACCAGUGUGCUGUUGGAGAGGAUGAAGGAGAUGGUGGAGGGCAUGAAGCGAAGGCGAAGCAUGAGGGAGGAGCACGAGUCGCGAAGAGCAACGCUUGGCGAACUCAAGGAGGAGGCUGAAGGCCGGCUCGAGGAUGAGCAUGCCGUGGAAGAUGAUGGAGGUGCAUUUGACCAAGAUGCUAUGGACCAUGAUGGUGCUACGAAUGAAGGCAGGAGAGAGGAGGAGCUUAUCGAGGAGCCCGAGGAAACCGACUUUGAAGACGUUGAUGAGGCACAUAUGGACAUCGUCGAAGGCACUGAUGAGGACGAAGACUCUACCGACGAUGAACUUCAAGAAGAAGGUGCAGUCGACAUCACUCCCUGUGAGGUUUCCUCCAUACCCUUCAACGAGGAAUCAACCUUGGCUUCCCAAGUACCGCCUGAGACACCCCAGAUGGAUAGUCUCAGACAUAUGUUCUCCAGCGCUCAAACAGCGCUGGCUACGCCUCAGUUCUCUGGCGUGCGUGAGAUGUACCUCAGGGAGCGUGCUCAGGACACCAGCACUCCCAUAUAUGAAGGUGUUGGAGAAAUGAUGUCCACACCCGCAGCGUACCGCGCGCAUGAAAGCACGCAAGAGUCGUCCGACGAGGCCGAGGACAGCCAGGACGACUCUAGCGACAAGGACGAUCCUCCAACACCUGUUCCUGCUCGUGCCACAAGAGCAAAAAGGACGCCUGCGCUUAAAGCAAAAGCGGAUCCUCCGGCGACGCGCAAGAGGACCCCGGCUGUUAGGGCUUCAACUAGACAAGCAGAGACAACACCUGCAGGUGCAGAUGCGACGCUCAUGGCAGACGACGAGCUAACGCCUGACCUCCCCCCUGUGAGGGGUACACGGAAGGCCUCGGACGCCCCGAAGGGCGCUAUUGUUAGAAGGAGUCGUCGAGCUGCAAGUGAGGCAGAGGACGAGCAGGACGUUGUACCGCCUGUCAAGGCCAACCCUACCGGGACGAAAGUCACUAGGACCAAAGUCAUCUCGAAGGCUGCGGCCAAAAUUGUGAAAAUCAACGAAGUCAGUGAAGACGAGGUGAAAGCAUCGGGAUCCUCAAAGCGAGUCCGUCGUGGCGCAACCGAUCCCGCGGCCUCCACCGAUGACGAGCCUCCGGCGCCUAAGACUGCAGGAAGAUCUCGCAUCCCGAAAAUUGCUGCUUCAACCUCGCUGCAGUCAGGUUCAGAUGUUCCUAUGAAGAUUGGGCCUCCAAAGGGUCGCCGGGCAGUCCGUGCUAAGGUCCCUGUUGCUAUGCCAGCAACUGAGGCCUCGGCGUCGAAGCUUCGUAGCGACGAGCCUCAAGCUCUCGAUAUGGACGAGGAUCCACUCGACGCCUUUGGUCGUCCAGAAUCAGCGGAGGAGGUGGAAGCUCAUCCCGCUGCUAAGGUCCGGCGAAGGCGGAACAAGGCUACAGCUCAGGUUGAACCUGUCGUUGAAGAGGAGCCGACCGCGAACACAGCUACUCGCAGCGUUCGUGAAAAGAGAAUACCGACGCCGGUUGCCACCUCCAGCCGAACGACUACACGAAGCCGUGCAGCUUCGGGGAAGAAAGCUUCCCCCAUCCCAGAAGACAAGGAGAACUCUCCCAAGGACCCUGUUGUGAAGGAGGAAGACGAUGAGCAGACCAUGACAGCAGCUGUAAGAGUGCCGAGAACGAGAAGAGCCAAAGCACAGAGCGAGCCGGAGAAAGAGCCUGUUCCACCCAAGACGAGAGCUACGAGGACGAGGACUGCGAGCGCUCGGAAGUGA